AAAACGUCCAGUAGGACAAUAUCAAAACCGAAAUUUAAUGAAAAUCAUCAACCAACACAUCCUGCAAAAAUAAAUACAUUCUGCUAGCAUGUCGUUUCGUCCAGUUGCGGGAGGGCCGCUGCUUUCUGUCGGUAAACUGGUGGGCCGGGUGGUAGAAACUUUAAUACCGUUGCGUAAUUUUAGAGUCCGCCACUAAGGACAUUUUUUUUUGUUCAAAAUGUCAAACGCUGAACUUUCUCCACGCAAGAACCGCAAACCUUUUUAUUACCAGCAACAGACUAUAAAAGAGACCAUACACUAUUCGGAGAUGUGAUACUUACUAUUUCUUUUCUUCUAAUAUGAAAAUCACAAAUAUCGAGACCUUCAUCGUCCCUCCUCGCUGGUGCUUCUGCAAAAUCACCACCGAUUCCGGUAUUGUCGGCUGGGGUGAGCCUGUUGUGGAAGGUAGAGCUGAAGCUGUUGUAGCCGUCGUCGAGACUCAUAAGGAAUACUUGAUCGGAAAAGAUCCUAUGUUGAUCGAAGAUCAUUGGAAUGUGAUGCAUCGUUCAGGUUUCUAUAGAGGCGGAGCUAUUGCCAUGAGCGCUAUCGCUGGUAUAGAUCAAGCACUCUGGGAUAUUAAGGGCAAAUACUACAAUGUCCCUGUUCAUGAGUUGAUGGGAGGAAGAGUCCGCGAUAAGAUCAAGGUGUAUCAGUGGAUUGGUGGAGAUCGUCCCAAUGACGUUGGUGCUCAGGCUCUAGCUGCUCAGCGUGAUGGUUUCAAGGCUAUCAAGAUGAAUGCCACCGACGAGUGUCAAUACAUUGAUACAUUUGGUAAAGUCGAGCGUGUCCUCGAGCGUGUGGCUGCCAUCCGAGAAGCUUGUGGUAGUGACUUUGGUAUCGGUAUUGAUUUCCACGGAAGAGUUCACAAGCCUAUGGCCAAGCAACUCGUCAAGCGACUGGAAGAAUAUAACCCCAUGUUCAUUGAAGAACCAGUUUUGAUUGACCAUAAAGAGUCCUUCAAGGAUGUGGCAAGAAACACCUGCAUUCCUAUUGCCACUGGUGAACGGUUAUACUCACGAUGGGAUUUCAAGGAUAUCCUGCAUGACGGCUAUGUUGAUAUCAUUCAGCCUGAUUUGUCCCAUGCUGGUGGUAUCACCGAGUGUAAAAAGAUUGCAUCCAUGGCAGAGGCCUACGAUGUUGCGCUUGCACCACAUUGUCCCCUUGGACCUAUUGCACUAGCUUCCUGCUUGCAGGUUGAUGCUACCUCAUACAACGCCGUUAUUCAGGAGCAAAGUCAGAGAAUUCACUAUAACCAAGGAGCUGAUCUUUUGACGUAUGUGAAGAACAAGACGGUGCUCGAUUAUGAGGAUGGUUUCGUCCAAAUCCCUACUGGUCCUGGUCUUGGUAUUGAGAUUGACGAGGAAGCAAUCCGCCAAGGAGCUAAGGAGGGUCACAAGUGGCGUAAUCCCUUCUGGAGACACGAAGAUGGUAGCGUUGCGGAGUGGUAAAAAUAACAAGCAGAAGUCAUAGUUAGAGAGACUGUCACUGUAAAUGAAAACACAAUACAUACCGAUUUUUAUACUAA